AUGAGGUACGAGGACUGGGAUGUCCUUCUUUUCCCACGAGACUGCGGCAUUCCCUUUAGAGAGUUCGGUGUCACCUGUGAAGUUGUUCAAGAUACAGAGUUCGCACACAUCCACGGCAUUUCUGGUUUGCCGACUGUGAAUUGUUUUGUGCCCAGCCUCGCACCAGGAGCACCAUUUCAAAUCUCGAUUCACUCAUGGAAUACUCCCACCAUCAGUCAAUUCACCAAAUCAUACUCCAAGCAUGUCAAUGAUGUCAAGUUCGAGACGAGGCUCUUCAUUGACGGGCGUCUCGUUGCUUCCACCUCUUUGAACCGACAGUACGAUUGGCCGCAUGUCAUUGCAACCGGCUUUGAUUUGUCCAAGAAUGGAGAUCUCGAGCCGCUCAAGUUUCCUGUCUUUCAGCAAGAAAUCCUUCAGCAAAGACAACGAAACGUAGGUGAUGCCCUCGGCCGCAUCAGACUCAUCAUUAGUGAAGGAUUUCCGCGCGAUUCUCUGACCGUACCAAUGGAGAGAGUCAACAAUAUUGUCGCCUUUUCUUUUCAGCAUGCACCCCAAGAAGUCCUAGAAGGCGUAGGGAUUGCUUGGCCGAACCCUUCCAUGUGGCAGCGAUCCCCGAAUACGACGUCGAUGGCCGUCCCUUCGUUUUCGUUCAACAAUGUCAGAACCCACGCCCACUCUCCACGACUCCGCACGAAUAGCCAACAGAAGGCCCUGGCAGGGCUUACAAUGCCCACGGUUCAAAGUGCUAUGUUUAAUGUGGCGACAAACCAUGUCGAGGAACCAACCCAGGCGAGCUACAUAGGGCCUCUGCCGAACACGGAUGAGAUCCCUGGCUGCAGCGACAUUGUCGAUUCGUUUGAUGACACAAACGCAUAUUUUGAUUGGCCUGGUAAGGUUGGGCUCGGGCUGAACAAUAUUCCACAACAGUUUACUCCUGCCGUGUCAAAGUCAAGUCACAACUGGGAACUGGGUGCGACCGGCACUGAACGCAGAGGUUCGGCCCGGGAUUCCUCAGGGAGCGGAUCUGAUGAGACCCAAUUCUCUUCUCUGGCUUUUUCUAUUGACGACGAGGAUCCCAAAGUACUACCCAAAACCCUCAGCACGCCCAUACUCGCCGAGCGGAACCAACCAGUUCCCUUCCCAAUCUUCCCGCAUAAUGCCGUGUUACCUGAAGACCUUGCUCUCUCCUUGACAGCUUCCCUUUUGAGUCAGCCUAUACCAUUGCAACCUCACGCCCCACCGACACGUACUUCAACGCCUGAGAUGCGGUCCCGCAAGGAAAAUCGCAAGCGGGAUUCGACAUGCCCCAUCCCGUCGGCGCUGUCUACUAGUACUACUGUUGGAUUGGAUCAUCAUGAUCAGAGAAAGAUGUCUCAGCAGCUGUACAUCCCAUCAAAUGGCAAUAUCCCGCUUCCCUUCGCCCAAUCUCAAGCGCGAAGCCCCAACAGUCCUCACCCAGACCUGACCAGGAGGUCAUAUUCGAUGAGCAAGUUUGUCAGUGCUCAGACCUCAUCGACUCAGAGUAGCCCACAGGAGUUUCCCAACACCGAGGGUAAGGCUUCAGUCGAAAGAGGCAACAAGCGAUCUCGCAAUUUCACGCCAGGGUCCACGAAGCCUUUUGAAGAUGACGAGGAUGAGCAUCAACGAGCAAGUCCUCGUACUCGACUGAGCCCGUUGUCAGAGGGCCACCCAAAAGACGGGGCGUGA